CACACAACUCUGUGCUGUAGGCUGAGGAGCUCAACCAAGAAAAUGCAUUUUGCCAAAUUUUUCAAAUGCCAGAUGCUGUUGAGGACAUUGUCUGUGAUCCUUAUUGGUAUGUUGUUUUCUUUUAUCUUUUGGAAAAAUGAAAUCAAGAGCCUGUCUUUAUUUCAUGUCAGAAUACCAAAGCAGCACUCGGCUGACCUACCAGGCUGCUUGGCAAUUAUUAAUGGAGACAUAGGGGGAAAGAAACAUGAACUGGAAGAACUUCUGGCAUCAAGGAGAAGACGUAGUUUAUUACCUGAGGAGUUCUACUUAAAUUCAACACAGGACUGUCAAGCCUACAUUGACCAGAGGGGUUUCUACACUGUUCCCCUCAGUAAGGAGGAAGAAGAGUUUCCCAUCGCCUACUCCAUGGUGAUUCAUGAAAAGAUUGAAAUGUUUGAGCGUCUUCUCCGAGCUGUUUAUGCUCCUCAGAACAUCUACUGCAUUCAUGUGGACCAGAAAACCAGUAAAGACUUUCAGGAGGCUGUAGAGGGGAUUGUGUCCUGUUUUCCUAAUGUGUUUGUGGCCAGUAAGUUAGAAAGUGUCGUAUAUGCCUCAUGGUCUCGUGUUCAGGCAGAUCUGAACUGCAUGAAAGACUUGCUGAAGUCACAUGUCCAGUGGAAGUACCUGCUCAACACAUGUGGGACAGACUUUCCCAUCAAAACCAAUGGAGAGAUGGUUACAGCCUUAAAGGCCCUAAAGGGGAAAAACAGCAUGGAGACUGAGAUCACCAAUAACUACAAAAAAGGCCGCUGGCAGUAUCGUCACAAUAUCACAGACACUGUCGUCCGGACAGAGGAGAAGAAACCCCCCCCUCCCAUUAACACGCCAAUGUUUAUGGGAAAUGCCUACUUUGUGGUUACAAGAGACUUUGUCAGACAUGUGAUAGAGGACACAGAGGUUCGGAAACUGCUGGAGUGGGAGGAGGACACAUACAGCCCUGAUGAGCACCUGUGGGCAACUUUACAGAGGAUGCCCUCUGUUCCUGGAUCUGUGCCCACAAACAUCAAGUAUGAUACAUCAGACAUGAAUGCCAUUGCUCGUUUGGUGAAGUGGGCCUAUUUAGCUGGAGACAUGAAAAAUGGAGCUCCAUACUCCCCAUGCACCGGAGCUUACAGAAGAGCAGUUUGUGUCUACGGGGCUGGUGACCUCCCUUGGGUUCUGAGACAACAUCAUCUGUUUGCAAAUAAGUUUGAUCCAGAGAUUGAUGAUAUUGCCAUUAGAUGUCUGGAGUCAGUCCUGCGUGUCAAAGCUUUAGGCUAUGACCCACUGUCAGAAAAACAAGAAUAAUGAAGUGGAUUGUUUGUAAUCAUAGGUUCCUACUCAAAGUAUGUAUAAAAAAUAUAUAUCAAAACAUGGAAACAACUAUUUAACCCCUUUAAACCUAUUUAUAUUAUUGUAAAUAUGUUUUGUAUAUGGAAAUGUAAAUAAAUUUAGCAAAAGAUAUACAGAGACAGAUAUUUUAUAUAUGAGAUAUAAAAAUGUAAUGGAGCUGUGAAAUGGACAAUGAUAAUGUACCUUUUUUAUGAUUUACACAAAGAAAAUCUGGAAAUAGUGCCACCUAGUGGAGUUAAAGGGAUCAAACAGUGGUACUUCAUUUCCAAACUCUUAUUUCAGUAAUAUCAAACAUGUUUUCCAUUGUAUACUUUGUCUUAUUACCUCCGCCAAGGAGGUUAUGUUUUUGCCAGCACUUGUUUGUUUGUCUGUCUGUCCGUGUGCAAGAUAACUCAAAAGUUAUGGACGGAUUUGGGUGAAAAUUUCAGGAAAUGUUAAUACUGGUACAAGGAACAAGGAACUGUUCUGCCUUGGCGGAGGUCUGCACUCUCAGUGUUUUUCUAGUUACUGUUUAUAUUUUGACUACAUUUAAUAAAAAAGUAUCUA